AUGGCUCCCCACGAUCUCGAACACGACCAGGCUCAAGAUGCAGAAUCCUCUUCUUCUGAAUCUCAAUCUGAAUCUGAAACUCCCGAAUCCUCACCCAAAAAGCCUCCCCGUAACUUAUUCCGUCGGGAAUCUAGCAUUCAGUUUUCGGAAGGCACCAAAACACAAUCUCAGUCCCCCAUGUCUAACUUUCACCGAACCACGGGCGAUUCGGAUGAGAUCACUCCCAUUAGGAGUGCGGAUAAUUACACCGGUCGUCGAUACAAUACUGGAGAAAACUCAUCCCCGUCAUCGAGUCGAUCUGAUGCAGCUCAUGAAGAGGAGGGGGGGAGGGAGCGGGAAGAUGGUGGGAAGAAACAGCCUAGGUCUCCAUGGUUCAAGAAAAUGGUAGAGAAAUACGGCGCAGUCUCGUUGGAAAACAAAGGCUCUGUGGCACGAGAUCAUCUCGCAUUAGAGAGAACAUUUCUGGCCUGGCUUCGAACCAGUCUAGCAUUCGCCAGCAUUGGAAUUGCCAUCACACAGUUGUUCCGACUGAACACUACCAUUGCCAGUCAAUCGGAGGUUUCGAUGUCUAGGAUCUCGCUGGCAGGAGAUCAAAUACCGUUCUCCCCGUUAAUCGGACAAUCUGUUCCAGCGGAACUGGUGCCAUAUCUACAACAACUCCUCGCAUCAUCCACACCACCCCCGAUACCAACCUUCGGACCGACACUUCUCGAUCAGCUCCUUCUCCUCCCACCGCCAAAUUCCAAGAGCUUGCAACUCUCGAAGUGGGACGAUCUCAGCGCGAUGGCCUUUGACGAACACGCCGCGGCGAGACUGCGGCACGUGGGCAAACCCCUCGGUGCCACCUUCCUAGGCAUCUCCAUCAUCAUCCUGUUCAUCGGUUUCCACCGUUACUUCGAGGCCCAGCACUGGAUCAUGCGAGGGAAGUUCCCAGCAAGCCGUGGUAGUAUCUUUAUCACGGGAUUCAUCGCAGGCUCGCUCAUCAUCGCAAGCCUGGCUGUCGUGCUGGCGAUUUCCCCUACGAGUUAUGAAAAGAAAAAGUGA